GCAAUUGUCUGGUCAAUUUUGAUACGCUGAUUGCAGUUCUACACUCACACUCGAUCGGUUGAUAUCGGUUUCAUGAGGUAAUCAACGCUUUGACAGAUACUGGAUUACACAGCCACUCAAUCGGGGCCUACCCGUCAGCACCAUUGGACCUGAAUAGGCACCCAUGCUACUCGCUACGCUUCUCUCUACCUCCCUCUCGUCGCAUUCUCGUCGCAUGCUAUAGCGGACAUAUACAAAACGGCGAUCGUUAUCGGCCUAUCAGCGGGGGGUGUCGACUGCCAAACACCUGGGACAGAAACAGCUUGUUCUCCAUUGGGGGCUGAGACCUCGAACACGACCCAUCCAGUCCAGAUAUCGACUUAACUCCAAGAUGGGGUCAGCAGCAAGCUUUGCGAAGACAAUCCUCAUCCCCGCCUCCAUCUCCCUAACACUCUACCUCCUCCUCUCAUUCCUCAUCAUCCCCUUCUUCCGCCACUACCACCAGCGCUACUCGCAGUACCUCCCGCUUGACACGAUAUCCGCACACACCUCCACCCUACGCGAUCGGAUAGCCGACGCCAUGAUGCGCUUCUUUCUCCCCAGCUCGUGGCGCCAGCACCAGUUGACCGACCACAACGACAAUAUCAGCAUAUUGGACGAGGAGGGCGAGCUCAUGGUGGGCAUGGAUAUGGGGCCUGGGCGGCGCGAGGCGCUGGAGAGGGGGAGGCAUUCGCCGGGUGGGACGGAUAGUCGGUUGAGUAGGGAUUUGGAGGAGGGGUUUAUGGAUGAUAGUGAUGAUGAAGGGGAUCCGAGAGGGGGUCGUCGGUGA